AUGACGUCGAACAACAACAAGGCCAACAAGUCGGUCCAUUUUGAGGAGUCGAUGACCAAGAAGGCACAACCACUCCAGGCUGUUGAGUCGAAGAAGUCGACGGGCAAGGAGAAGCAACCACACCAAGCCAAGCCAAACAACUCGACCCAUCAGCCCCUGAAAUCGGACAGCGCCAACGAGCGCAAGACAUCACCAACCGUCCCCGACCAUUGCAGUUGCUUCCACACUACGGGCUUUAUCAUUGGCAAUGAUAUCUGCGUCGAAGCCAGCCAUGUCCUCCUCGACACCGGGGCAACGUCGUCGUUCAUUAACCUGGAAGCCACUCGCCAAGCCAAGCUCACCGUCCGCUCCUUGCCACCAAAGGUUUUCGACACGGCAGGCGGCAGAGUCAUCUUCAACAAAUGCGCUGAGGCCCCUCUCUGUAUCGCCGGCGUAAAGCACACGCUCCUGGCAUGCAUUGACGAGGACAAGGCUACACCCAACCGUCGCAACAUCCUACUCGGCAUGCCAGGUCUCGUCAAGUUCGGUAUCGUAGUCCGUCCGCAUACCCUCGCCGACCCUGAGGUGGGGGCAACCAUCAAGUCGGACACCGGAUUGCAGCGGGCGAUGCGGCGCGGGCAGACGGCGGUGGAGCGCAAAGCUCACAAGGAGGCCAUGCGAAAGAAGGCGGCGUCGGAGAAGUUGGCGUUGGAGAAGGCGGCGUUGGAGAAGGCGCAGCAGAAGUUGCGGGAGACGGAGGCGCACGUAGCAGCUCAGUGA